AUGACUUUCGCCCGUCUCUUUCUGGCCGCGGCGCUUCUGUUUCUCGGGCCGCUUCCCGAAGCCGGCAGCUCAGCGGCCAGCCGCUUCGCUUCUCCGUCCUCUCGGGGUCCGGGCUCGGCGCCGCCGCCGCGCUCCCCGCCGUUCCACCCCCACCAGCCGGCCGGCGGGGGCGCCUGCCCGAGAAACGGCGGACGCUUCGUCAAUGUGACGGAGUUGGGCACGGGAUGUUUGCCGUGGGCGGAGGUGCCCACCUUCCUGGACCGGACGCCGCAGGGCAAAGGGCUGCGCGGGCAGCGCAACUUUUGCAGAAACCCGGACGGCAGGAACAGGCCCUGGUGCUUCUACCGAAACAACCGCGGCAGGGUGGACUGGGGCUAUUGUGACUGCAGACAAGAUCUAUCCAAUUGGAUCGAAAGCUGGAAUAAGCUCGACCAGAAGCUGUUUGACGCCGUUGAGAAGGGGGACGUCAUCCGGACAGCCCUCUUUGCCUCGAGGAAGACGGCCCACCCCACCAAGCUCAACGCCCUGGGACAAUCUGCGUUCCAUCUGGCAGCUUCCAAGGGCCUCACGGAAUGCCUCACCAUCCUGCUCACCCAGGGGGCCGAUGUCAAUGAUAAGAACGAGGACGGCAGCACAGCUCUGCACCUCGCCACCAUCGCUUGCCAGCCGCAGUGCGUCAAAGUCCUCCUUCAGGCCGAUGACUUUGAGAAGGAAACUUUGCACGAAGGUUAUAAAUCCCCCGAAGAAAAAUCAGAAGCCCUUGCGAACAGGAGAAACAGUGACAGAGGUUUCACUCCGGUGGUGUGA